AAAACCAAAACGCAUUGGUACUCUAUGGAGGCAAAGUCUUUAAAGUUGGAAACCUAACCUUGUGUUCUCCUCUCUCAAUAAGUACAUUUACAUUUAUUUAACGUGUCUGACACAGAGAGAUGAAGUGUGAAUUUGCGUUAGUUCUGAGGUUCGUGGUUGUUUGUUGAGGUUAGUUAAAAGGGCGAUGUUGAUGGGUCUCAUUGUAAGUAUCGGAUUCACAAAACCCAAUAAUACUUAAAGUUAUAGAAUCAAUCAAACAGUUACUUCAAAGCCUUUUUGUUAAAAGUUUCGUAUAUAUCUUCGAUCCUAUCGCCGCCUACCCAAUUAAAUCUGUUUUCAGAUCAGAAAUAAAUAAUUAAAUUACCCUUCUUUAUUCUUCUUCUUCUUCCAAUUUUGGCUUGUUUUUGGUCAUUCUUUGGUAAACUCGGAUCUGGGGUUGUGGUGUUCUUGUUCCAUUACCAGUUCAUAGUUUGGUUUCUUCUAUUAAAAGGGUUGGUUUCAGUUUUGAGUGAGAACGACUACAAUGGCUACAUUCACGGUGCCCUGCCCCAAAGCGACGGCCUCUAACUCAUUGGGUCACCUUGGUUUGACGGUCAGGAAUUCUCUUCCUUUCCACCACCCAAGGCGGCUCACCUUUCAAAAUGCCGAUAAUGCAUCUCUCUCUUUCGGCUUUCAGUCUCAGAACAGUAAGCAGCCAGCUAUAUGGAAGGUGCAUGCUCAGCUAAAUAAGGUUGCUGUUGCUUCAAAUUCUAUCCCUGUACCUCCCCCAAAGUCUGCUAUCGAGUCACCGGAAGAGAAGGAUGAGUCUUUGGAAGAAAAUACUGCACAUAACAGUGUUCCUGAUCCAUCAUCAAUCGCGGCAUUCAUGGCUCAAGUAUCAGACCUUGUCAAGCUAGUGGAUUCAAGAGAUAUUAUGGAGCUGGAAUUGAAGCAGUUGGAUUGUGAGCUUUUAAUAAGGAAAAAGGAAGCUAUUCAACAACCAGCACCCCCGGCUGCCCCAAUGCAAACUCAUUAUCCCCAAGGCAUGUACCUAUCAGCACCGCCACCACAAGCCCCAACAUCUUAUGCUCCUCCUGCAAGCCCUCCUCCUUCCGCACCUGCACCUGUCUCACCUGCCCCUGCACAGUCUAGCAAGUCAUCUCACCCGCCACUAAAAUGCCCCAUGGCUGGUACCUUUUACCGGUCUCCUGCACCUGGGGAGCCACCAUUUGUUAAGGUAGGAGAUAAAGUACAGAAAGGUCAAGUCAUUUGCAUCAUUGAAGCCAUGAAGCUGAUGAAUGAAAUAGAGGCUGAUCAAUCUGGAACUGUAGCAGAGGUAUUGGCUGAGGACGGGAAGCCCGUUAGCGUGGACACGGUAACCUCUCUCUCUCUGUUCCGUCUAUUUAUAUGUAUUUUUAUCUCAACUACUGAUCUAAGCAAUAACCACUGUCCCAUGCAGCCUCUGUACGUGAUUAUACCAUGAGUAACUUGUUGGCUGAGAACCUUUCCAAACUUGUUCGUGCAAGUGCAAACACUGUUUCAUGAGUUUAGGUCUGCAACUGCAACGGUUAAUGUGUUGUAUUUUCACUUUUGUUAGUACGUUGUUUGUUUCAAGUAUUUAUUUUUAUUUAAUUUUCCGACAACAAACUUAUUAAUUUAAGAGUAUAAUAUGGCAAAAUGCUGAAUAUGUUGCGCAAUGAGUGAGUAAUGUUAAAUAUUGAAAUGGCAUUGACAGUUUUGGGUAGUGUAAUAAUUUUCUCUUCUUAUACAUCUCUUUUAUUGCGUGGCUUGUAAAUGAUAACAAUGAGCAUUCAAUUACUGAAUAUUAUACCUUUUAUUCAACAAAAA